AUGAAUAAAAUUUACAAANUUAAAUUUGAGGGGAGUGUUUAAGAGCUAUUCAAUAAUUUAGAUAAGCAUCAGAAUGUUAUUAAAAAGUUUAAUUCAUAAAUAGCAAUAAUACUCAAGCAUAUCUCAAACAGGGUUAUUAUCUUUUUCAUUUUUAGGAGAAUGUCUAUAAUAUUUGUAUUAAUUUAACACAGCCAUUGAGGUAUAUAAUAAAGCAAUACUUUUGGAUAAAUCCGAUUUUGCAUCGAUUUAUUAUAAAGGUAUUUAUAAAACUUUAAUUAGGUUAUUGCUUACUAUAAUUGUGGAAUUUUACAGAAGCUAAAGUGUGUUUCGAAGAUGUGGUCAAAAUUAGUUCUGAUAAUAAUUAUACACUGCUAGCUAAAAGUAUGAUAUAAUAUGAUUUAGGCAAUCUGUUACUUAUAACCUUACAUCCUGAAGAAGCUAAAUAGAUCCUUGAUUAAAUUUUAGAAAAUUCUCCUCAAAAAUUUGACAUCUUUGUGUUGAAUACAUCAAUUUCAACUUUUACUAUAAGAGAGUUAUGUAAUUUCGACUAAGACAAUAAUGAAAUUGAAUAAAUGAUAUAAUAGUUUCCAUAGAAUAUUUUUGCAUUGUAUUUAAAAGGCAUUAAAUCCAUUUAUUUUUUAAGGAAUUUCUUUAACAAAGGAUAAAAAUUUUGAAGAAGCAUAAAAGAUUUAAGAAAA